GUAACGUCACAUCCGGAUGUGACGUUUAUGCUCGCUCCUGAGUGCGUGCCUUGCGUCUCUUCUUCAGCGCCGCCGACAGUGUGCAAAACUCUUCAUGGUGCAAAACAACAAAUGCUAGUUUAGAAAUGGAAUCCGCUAACAUCAACGACCGGCACCUACCACAACACAAAUUAGGUCAACACUUAAGAAAAAGAGUUCUUUCUAAUGAAGCCCUUUUGUCCAAACGUGAAAAUGACCGACGUCGGUCGAAAACUAGGGUCAACCUCGGCAGAGCAUUCCGUUCAUGGAGGGAGCUUGGUUUGUGCUUGAGGAUCAAAUCCGACUCCAUGCUGGCUUUCUUCCUAUUGAACAGUUAUCUUCGUAAGUCAGAGAAUCGUCCCGAACAAGCAACCAUUGAAGAGAGUUCUUCAACGGAAUCCUGUUAUCUUCGGGAGUCAGAGAAUCAUCCCGAGCAACCAACCAUUGAAGAGAGUUCUUCAACUGAAUCCAGUGAAAGUGUGCAUGAAGAAUACCCGCUCAUGAUGUGUUCAGAAAAUGAAAUUGAGCAAGAAACUUGCGCUGCUCCUUCUGUCCAGUCAUCUGAAAAUGGAAAGGAGUCAGGAAAAAAAGAUGCUGCUUGUCAAAGACCGAAAAGUCAAAAAGAGCGGACAACAACCAGCCAGUCCGAAAAUAAAGAAAAUAGAGAUAUUCAGGAAGACGAGAAUGAAGAAUUCAGCACCUCAUUAAGUGUGGGAGAUGGACGCUACCUGGUGGAUUUGGGGAGCUCAUCAGAGUUCGUCAUCGAUGAAGAGUGCCUCUUUCAGCUGUUCAAGUCAUGCCGGGAAUGCAACAGACAAUGUACAGUUAGAAAACGUGUCACUGGUCUAAAGCUCGUGGUUAGCCAGGCGUGCUGUUUCUGUCAAAGCCACUCUAAAUGGACUAACCUGCCAGAUGAUGACGACGACGGCGGCGAUCUCCAGAUAAAUGGAAAACAAACGGCACUUGAACAGACCAACUCAGCCAAGCAGUAAUGCUAGUUGUAGUGACACUCCAAGCAGACAGUGGUUCUACGGAGUUUAUGUUUAAGUAGGAAAUAUUUUUCAACCCGUGACACAGUGGACUACGCAGCUGAACUUCUGUUUAUUUUGCUGCCUCUGUGGAGUUUGGCUGUUUUUCCUUUGUACUGUCACUGCGCUGUCGUCAACUGCUCUCUAUGGUUUUACACUUAUUUCCUGAUGCCAUCCCACACCUCAGAGAAGCAUCUGGUGCGAGCGAGAGGGUGGUUGCCUCGGCUCGCAAUAUCUGUCUGUUGACCUCCUGCAUAGGACAGCAAGUAAGUGAUUGUAAAGGCAAAGAUGGCUGCCUGAGGAAAGAUGGACCAUUUUCUUUCCAGGGAAAACCUUUUUUCAAAUUUUUUACUUCAAGACGUAAAUCUUUUGAUCUGUGUUCAUCCUUGUGCCGAUAUGUAGUUUCGCAGUAUGCAGAUGCUCGUACGAGGAUUGUUGUCAAAUAAUCAAGCAAUAUUGAAUCAUG